GGCUUGUGAAAGUUUCCACAACCUCUUUUUCCAAGUGGAAGAGGGAGUCCAGGAGCAAAAUGGUCAAACCUCUGUUUUCCAAGCCAUUCUGGGGGAAUAUUUUGAAAACCGUGGCUCUGGGUCAGAUGCUCUCCUUGUGUAUAUGCGGGACUGCUGUCACCAGUCAGUAUUUGGCAGACAAAUACAAAGUGAACACGCCAAUGCUUCAGAGCUUUAUCAACUAUUGUUUGAUGUUUCUAAUUUACACAUCAAUGUUGGCAUUUCGAACUGGUAACGGCAGUCUUUGGCUCAUUCUGAAACGAAAAUGGUGGAAAUACAUCCUGUUGGGUCUGGCGGAUGUCGAAGCUAAUUACCUGAUUGUCAGAGCUUAUCAGUACACCACCUUAACAAGUGUUCAGCUUUUGGACUGCUUUGGGAUUCCAGUUUUGAUGGCUCUUUCAUGGUUCAUCCUCUACGCGAGAUACCGAGUGAUCCAUUUUAUUGCGGUGGCCGUCUGUCUCUUGGGCGUAGGAACUAUGGUUGGUGCAGACAUAUUAGCUGGGAGGGAAGACAGUUCAGGCAGUGACGUGUUGAUUGGCGAUGUCUUAGUUCUUCUUGGGGCUGCUCUCUAUGCCAUUUCUAAUGUGUGUGAGGAAUACAUCGUGAAGAAGCUGAGCAGAGAGGAAUUUCUAGGAAUGGUGGGCUUGGUUGGGACAAUUAUCAGCGGCCUACAGCUGUUGAUUGUGGAAUAUAAGGAUAUCACUAAUAUUCAGUGGAACUGGAAAGUUGUGCUGCUGUUUGUGGCUUUUGCCCUAUGCAUGUUCUGCCUGUACAGCUUCAUGCCAAUUGUAAUUAAAGUCACUAGUGCAACUUCAGUCAACCUGGGCAUUCUAACUGCAGAUCUCUACAGCCUUUUCUUCGGGCUCUUUCUGUUUGGAUAUAAGUUCUCAGGGCUUUAUAUCUUGUCCUUCACUAUCAUCAUGGUGGGGUUCAUCCUAUACUGCUCUUCCCCCACUGGAAGUGCCGAACCAGCUACCAGCCGAGUACCCCAGCCAACCGGUAUCGGAAUUGACAACCUGGGACUCAAGAUGGAGGAGAACAGCUCGGAAGUGACCUCGGCAGCCUUGUAGCCUUCUCCAGGAGUCGUCGGGAUCCCAGCGCCCCCCAAGACCUGUUAGUUCUGGCAGAGAGAUGGAGCUUUCCCUGGAAUGCCAACAAACUGGGCCAAGUGGGAACAACGGUGCUACGUGGGUUGGAAUACGCGGACCAAAUUCGAACAAGGACCAUUGGCAUUUUACAAGAUGUAGAAAUUCCCUCCCCAGCACGCAGAACUGAACGUCUAAUCGGUGCAGGGAUCAAUACUAGUUUUGUGUGAUCAGCGCUUAGAACAGCGCCAGCGCUUAGAACAGUGCUUGGCACAUAGUAAGCGCGUAACAAGUACCAUUAUUAUUACCUAGAUGAGACACUAGACUGGGGACUGAAAGACCUCGGAUUUUUUUUUCCACAUUCACAACAUGAGUUCUCUGUGACCUUAGACAAAUCACUCCGCCUAUCCGCUCCCCCUCCUCGGAAGGAAAAUAAUAAUAGGUAACCUGUUUCACCAGAUGCGUGUAAAGCGGUUUGGAAUUUUGGAUAAAAGGGACUUUUUGAGUAUAAAGCAUCGCUGCCGAUGCUGUUCGAAGUACUGAUUGUGAAAUCAGCGGUGGGGACCAGGGCAUUGAAAGAGAUGGAAAAAAUGCUUUAUCUUUUAAGUUUGUCCUAAAUUAUCCUUUAAAAGUAACAAAUUUAAUGGGGAAAAGAAGCUGUAAGGAAAGGUUGCAAACAAGAUAUUGCACACACAAAAAAAUUAAAACGGUUAUUUCCAUGUUUGACCUAUGAGAUGCAGCUGUUUUCCUGAAUGGAAAUUAUCCUUAAAGACUGCUGAGCUCUAAUACGAAAAAAUUAUGAACUUUACCUUAGAGCAGUUACUUUAAAAAAAUGCAUUGACACAGUCACCUGCUUACUGAAGGGCAGUGAUUUUUUUUGAAGUAUAUUUCUCUUUCAUCUGGGACAAACUAUUACAACCAUCAAUGCUUAAUUCACUAAGCAACCAGAGCAUUCCAGAUUGAUUCCUAAAGGGUGUUGAUGGGCUGUUUCUCCGUGUUGUCCUAGUAGAGAAUAUUGAAUACCCACCAGAAUUAGAAAGCCUCCAGACGCAGGGGCCAAUUUGGUAAAGAAUUCUGUUUAGAGAAAGUUCUGCUCGUGCUGUUUUCUGUAUUUGUUUUUUUUUUGUUACUAGGUGUGAUCACGUGGCCAGACAUAAAUAAAUUGUUCAGGUUACUGUU